CUUUUGCCGCUAGCAAGCUAGUUAACCAGCAUACCUAGCGAUAGCUAUCGAGUUUCUAGUUAAGCUUUUUUUUACAACUAGCAUAGGUUUGCAUUUAACAGAGCGUUAUCUGUACAAGUAACCAUACAUGAACUGCUUCAGUAGUUUUGUGACAUUCAUUACUCAAAGAGUGUGAUAGACGUCUUAAAUAACAUGAAAUCAAUGGCUGCGCUGCCUGUCUCUUCUGCUAAGUUUGUUUUGGGCUUGGACCUAGGAACAACCUCGAUCAAAGUUGUAUUGCUUGAUUCACAGUCAAGGACUGUAGUAAACAGCAGCAGUUUUCCAACAAACUCUGAGAUCAACAACGAGAAAUAUGAACACGCCAGGGAGCAGGACCCGGCACGAAUAAUUGGCGCUGUUGACCAGUGCAUGGAUGUGCUUCCCACGGAGAAACUGCGUGACGUGAUUUGCAUUGGGGUAUCCGGGCAAAUGCAUGGCGUUAUAUUCUGGAAAACUAAAACAGGUUGUGAAUGGUCCAGCAGCGAUGCAGGUCACACAUUCAGACCCCGAGACGUGAGUCAGAUGAUCACGUGGCAGGAUGGGCGCUGUGGCAGCGACUUCCUGUCAUCACUCCCCAAGCCAGAGUCUCACCUGAAUGUGUCCACCGGUUACGGCUGUGCUUCCAUCUUCUGGUACACCAGGCACAGGCCAGAGUUUCUGUGGGAAUUCAGCGUUUCUGGGACCAUCCAGGACUACGUGGUGUCCAUGCUUUGUGGCUUGGAGGGCUGUGUCAUGACUGCGCAGAAUGCUGCCAGCUGGGGCUAUUUCAACACAGCCUGUAGCCAGUGGAACACAGAUGUCCUCAAAGGUGCUGGAUUCCCCGUGCACUUGUUGCCUGUGCCGGUGCAGUCCGGGUCUAUGGCUGGCCAGACCUGCUCCGAAUGGCAUGGGAUCCCUGCCGGCACUCCUGUAGGAGCAGCUCUGGGAGACUUCCAGUGCAGCGUGUACUCCUGCAUGGUGGACAGGACGGAUGCAGUGCUGAACAUGAGCACUUCAGCACAGCUGACCUUUGCCAUGCCUGCUGACUUCAGCCCUCCACGGGAGCCAGACCCUCUCUCCCCCAUCGCCUACUUCCCAUACUUCGGCAACACCUACUUGGCAGUGGCCGCAGCACUCAAUGGAGGCAACGCCAUGGCAACGUUUGUUGGAAUGUUGACCAAUUGGAUGAAAGAAUUCGGGCUGGAGCUGAGUGAGGCUCAGGUGUACUCCAAGCUGAUCCAGUGUGGCCUGACCCAACCCAGCACUGACCUGCGUGUGACCCCAACCCUGCUUGGGGAGAGGCACGACCCCACCUGCCUCGGCCUCGUCUCCCACAUCUCCCCUGCCAGCCUCUCCCUGGGUCACACGACUCGCGCCAUUUGUAGAGGCAUCUUGGCUAACCUGGCCGCCAUGAUGCCUCCACGCACGCUAUUGGCUGCAGGUGUGAAGCGGAUUAUGGGUAGUGGGAGUGCUCUCACUCGGAAUGAAGUCUUGAGGCAGGAAGCAGAACGAAUGUUCCCCCUGCCCGUGGUCUAUGGAAAAGACGUGGAUUCAGCAAUUGGUGUAGCGAUGUUUUUUAAUGACAAGCUGUAACAAAAUAGUUUGUUCAUUGCCACUUUCUUUUUUUUUUAGGGUGAGGCGUUGAUAGUGUCCUUGUUUUUAAGAAAAAAAUCAGAAAUCAGAAAGGCAAUUAAACCUUUGCUCAGUGCACAAUAUCAUCUUGCACUGCUUUAUCAUUCUGUGUGCACACAGAGCUUUGGCUCUGGAAGUGCUGCUUAAAUACUAAAUUUCAUAUGUGCAUUCCUUAUUUGUUGGACAAUCACGUGCACAGUGAUUUGUUGUGUUCAUUUGAGGGCAACUGGACUCGAAUGCCACAAGUGUCAGUACUGGUGGUUUUACAGUGUUUAUCUAACAGCUGCUAUAUGAUUAUUGCAAUUGUGAUUGUUACAGUUUAAUUUUAAUUGCUAAUUUAUUAAAUGUGCCUGUGGGAAUUUAAAAAGUGUUAAUGUUAGUAGAACAUCAGGGCUGCACUUUCAAAUUGCUCAUUAGUUUGGAGAUGUGUUCUGUGGAAAGGUUUUAUAACCAUGCGAGCAGUAACUGUAUUAUAAAUGUUUCCAGUUUAAGUAAAAGCAAAAUGUGUUUAUUGCACAAAAAGUGUUUUAUGUCAUUGCAUUUUUCAUUAUUGAGAUGGGAAUAUAGCACUGGUCAAAAGGCAAAGUUACCACCCAUCCCCAAAAAGAAAUGGUUUGAUUGUUACAUGUGAGAUGCCUUGGGCGAGUGUACUGCUGAGCUGACAUUCGUAACCACAUCCGCACCUGCUUGUUUGUAAUGAGCAAAAAACACUGUGUGUGUGUGUGUGUGUGUGUGUGUGU